CCGCUGCCGCUCUGCUCUCAGCUAACGAAGCUAACGACGGCUAACGACUGCUACUGUUACGAACGCGGGUCCUCAGUGAAACAGAGGGAGGGGGAGGAGUCAGCUGAGCAGAGCAGCAUGUGGCUGAAAACAGCAGGAAGAUGUUUCUCCAACAGGUAAAUAAACAAAGCGUCCUCCGUCCACCUGGAGUCUCCUUCGUCCUCCUCCUCCUCCGACGAUGGGCUCCUUCUGCUCCACUCCGGACAGGAAGACGACGGUGGUGAUGAUGGUGACGCCACGCGAGGAGUCAGCGGUUCAGAUGGUGACAGGUGAUUCGCUUCAUUCAAACAAAGCAGCUCUCUGGUUACAGCAUCCAAUCAGGAGCAGGUGCAGCAAUAGGAGGCGUGUCCAUGGACUCAACAACUACUGGACUGUGACAGACGCCAAGAACUGGCAGAAAUACAAAAGUACAUCACAGAGGCUGAAGAUGGUCAUGGAGCAGAUGGACCGUGGGGUCGUGGACCUGCAGGAGCUUCGCAGGAACCUGGAGCUUGCUGCUGCCAUGUUGGACGCCGUGUACACGGAUGAGACCAGGCGUCUGUUGGACACCGAGGACGAGCUCAGCGACCUGCAGGCGGAGUCGGUUCCCAGCGAGGUACGUGAUUGGCUGGCGUGUACCUUCACCAGGAAGAUGGGCGUGGCCAAGCGUCGCCCGGAGGAGAAGCCGAGAUUCAGGAGCAUAGUUCACGCGGUGCAGGCUGGGAUCUUUGUGGAGAGGAUGUACAGACGGACGUCCAACAUGGCCGGUCUGACCUUUCCUCCCACAGCUCUGACGUCUCUGAAGCAAGUGGACCAGUGGUCGUUUGAUGUUUUCUCCUUCCACGAGGCCACCAGUGACCACGCCCUCAAGUUCCUGGUCUACGACCUGCUGACCCGCUACGACUUGGUCAACAGGUUCAGGAUCCCAGUCCAGGCUCUGGUGCAGUUUGUUGAAGCUCUGGAGAACGGCUACAGCAAACACAAGAACCCGUAUCACAACCUGAUCCACGCUGCUGAUGUCACUCAGACCGCCCACUUCCUGAUGCUGCACACUGGACUGAUGCACUGGCUCAGUGAGCUGGAGAUCCUGGCGAUGGUUUUCGCUGCAGCGAUCCACGACUUUGAACACACGGGAACCACCAACAACUUCCACCUCCACACCAGGUCAGAGGUGGCCAUCCUCUACAAUGACAGGUCAGUGCUGGAGAACCAUCACAUCAGCGCCGCCUACAGGCUGAUGGCAGAGGAGGACAUGAACAUCCUGAUCAACCUGAACAAGGACGACUGGAGGGAGCUGAGGUCUCUGGUCAUAGAGAUGGUGAUGUCCACAGACAUGUCCUGUCACUUCCAGCAGAUCAAGACCAUGAGGAACGUCCUGACCCAGGCGCACAGCAUAGACAAAGUGAAGGUGUUGUCUCUGAUGCUUCACGCCGCUGACAUCAGUCAUCCAGCCAAAGCCUGGCCGCUGCACUAUCGCUGGACUCACAGUCUGAUGGAGGAGUUCUUUAGACAGGGAGACAAAGAAGUGGAACUGGGUCUUCCCUUCUCUCCUCUGUGUGACCGUAAAGCCACCAUGAUCGCUCAGUCACAGAUUGGUUUCAUUGAUUUCAUCGUGGAGCCGACCUUCAGCGUUCUGGUCGACACGACGGAGAAAGUGAUCGGACCUCUGAUAGAAGAGGACAGGAAGGCCCGCGAGACCGGGACCAGGAGGUCCAGUUUAACAGGAAGUGGCUCUGUGACCGUGGAGUCGGUGCAGAGACACAGUAGUAAUCGCCAUGGAAACAGCGACGACGGACAGACGGACUUCUCGCUGACCGCCAUCGACCUGCCGGCUCUGCGGCGCCACCUGUCAGACGUCAUCACCAGCAACAAGGACCGAUGGAAGGAGCUGUCUGUGCACGAGUUGGCCAAUAAGGAGCAAGAGAAACAAAAGGAGGCGGAGUCCAACAUCGACUCAGAUGUCCAGUCACAUGACUCAUCCCGACACAGUGCCCCUGGACAUGCCUCCGACCAAUCAGACGCCUCCCUGCCUGAUCAGACACAUGAGAACCAGUCACCUGACCACAAACCUGCAGGUCACAUGACAUGCAACGGGGCGGGGCCAAGUGAGGAGACAGAGGAGGAGGUAAAAGAGGAAGUGCCUGAAAACGCCUGACGGUGCCGCUGUGCAGCGACCUCACCACUGUAUCUGAUUGAGGCGGGUCACCAUGGCAACAGUGGCGACCAGAGUUCAGAGUUGAAACGCAGCAGUUGACGCCGCAGCGACUAAACCCUGACAAAAUAAAAAAGGCGGGACCUUUUGUUUACGACACAUCGCACAUGUUACAGCAUUGUGGUCUGUUACCGUGUCAACGUGUCACGUGAUUUUUUUUUCUUAGAGACUCAGCGGAACAUUGUCUGUGAAAAACAUCCAAGCUAACGUGAAAAUAAAGACGUACAAAACAUGCAUAGGCAGGUGCUGUGGCUCAGAGGGUCCUAUAGGUGGCAGUAGACACGUGGUUGAUGGCAAGGGGGCGGAGUCAUAGUGUGACACGUGUUCUUUAAAUAUUUAAGUAUUCUGUACAUGUGAAGUGACUCCUGAUCUUCUCUGGAAUCAAAUCCAACUGACCUGUUUGCUAAUCGCUGUGGUUAUAGGCUAAUGUUAGCAUGCUAAUUUAAGCAAACAUACCUGAUUAACAUCAGUACUUUAGCAUGACUAGCCUGCUAACAUGCUGAGUUGAUGGAUAUCGUUAUACACAGUAAUCCUUAGCACUUUAGCACGCUAAUUUAGCAUGUUUUAGCCCGCUAACAUGCUAAACUCAACAAAGAUGGUGGUAAACAUUUAUAAUGCUAACAUGCUAAUAUGAUGAUAACUGUUACAUAUCAAUGUAAAUAUUAAUAUUUUGCCAUAUUAGCAUGCUAAUGUUAGCAUUUAGCUUAGAGCAUCAAAAUUAGCCUUCUAUAUUUAUAUCAGGAGCAGGGUAACAUAUGUUUACAGUAGCCUACACUGGACAAACUUAACCUGUUUUGAUGCUAACUGAAGGCUACAUAGUUUCAACAACAGAGAUGAUUUUCAACCGAAACUUUAAAGAAUAAAUGUUGAUAAAAUGUACACACUGUACCUUUAAAAAAACAAAAGUCCACAGAUGAUUAAUGAUGUGACAUGAGGUCAGAGGUCAUCUGUGAUUGACAGCAGCUGAUCCAGAGGAAGUUUACGUGUUUACUAAUUUAAAGGAUGUUUACAUUAUCAAAAUGGCCGCUGAUGUACAGUUUCUUCAUCAUCGAAGACGAAGAGGAUGCUGAUAAAACCAUGUGACUGUAACAUCUUAUGACUGUCAAUAAAUUACACUGCCAAACACAG